AUGUCUUCCAUUAGUCCAGUCAAUGAGAAACUCCAACCUAACUCCACAGAGUGUCCCAAGGAAGUGGUGGUGAAGGAAGAAAGUCCAGGAUCUUUAGUUCCCUGGAUACAUUCCAGCCCCUUGCCUGUGACUUGUGACCAGAAGAGGAAUUGGACAGUCACUUUCAUGAAGGAGAUACCCUCAGAGCCUAAGAACAGCUGGGCUGUGGAGAACUUGAGUGAUCUCCCAGUUCAGGGGAAAAGACAGUGGGAGUCAGCUGUGGAACCUGAACACCAUGAGGUCUUCAACAGACUGCUGGCGGAUCCGGUCAUUCAAAGAUUCUUGGCUUGGGACAAAACACUGAGGGUAUCUGACAAGUAUCUCCUCUCCAUGGUAAUUGCAUAUUUUAGCCGGGCUGGCCUCUUCUCUUGGCAGUACCAACGAAUUCAUUUCUUCCUAGCUCUCUACCUGGCCAGUGAUAUGGAGGAAGACAAUCAGGCUUCUAAACAAGCUAUAUUUUUCUUUCUCUACGGGAAGAGUCACAUCCAGCGCCCCAUGUUCCACAAGUUGAGAUUUCAGUUCAUCCGUUCUAUGCAUUGGAAGAUUUGGGUUUCUCAGGAGGAAUGUGAAGAGAUUCAGGCUUAUGAUCCAGAGCACUGGGUCUGGAGACGAGAUCGUACCCUCAUUCCCUAG